GCUGCUCCCUCCUUGGAGACUGGUGCGCAGGGAAGAAGCUAAAGAGUUGUUUGCUGCUGCGCAUUGCUUCGAGCAGGGAUAAAGUUUUCCCAGCGCAGUGGAAAGAGUUUCCCUUGGUGUUUCCAGCUUCAGGGCGGGGGGGUGUCUGGUGAGCCCCCUCCCCAUUUUCCUGGGUGGAAGACCUGCAGAGGCGCAGUGGAGGCAAGAGGGGGCGGGUGGGAAGACCCCUCCGAAGGGUGACUUGGGGAGAAAGGCCUUAAAAGCUGCCUUGCACUGAGACAGACCAAUGGGGCCACCUAAUAUUGUCGACACUGGCUGGCAGCAGCUCCCCAGGGUUUCAGGCGGGGGGGGAUUGGCAUAGAAUCAUAGGAUUGCAGAGUUGGGAGGAAGGAAAUGCGUUCUCCCCAUAUUUAGUUCCCCGCUUGAUUUAUCCAGCUGCCCCAUAGCAGAAGUACUGCCGGAAGGCAGUGCGGUGUAGUGGUGAGAGCAGAGCUUUCCAAAUUGUGUCACUCGGCUGCAGUGUGUAGGUGUGUCUUGCGAACGCUUCUCACGUUCCUCCUGGGGCUUGAAAGGGUUUCGUUUAACCUCUGGUUUGCUAGUAAAACUGAAUCAAUGUGUCACACAAUGAUACGUGUCUUUAAAAGUGGGUCUGCGACGUGAAAUGUUUGGAAUGCUCUGGGUUAGCGUGUCAGACCAGGAUAAGGGUUCAACCCCCCCCCCACUCCAUCAUGAAGCUCUCUGGGUGACCUUUGGCAGCCCCACGGGGCCGUUGUAGGGAUUAACUGAGGAGGGGGGGGUGAACCAUGUACUCUUUGGAGAAAAAGUCGGGAUAUAAAUGCAGUAAAUGAGAACUUCUGCUGACCUGCAAAAGAAAGAUGGAGUGGCCAGCCAGAUGGAGAUGUCAGUUGCCAACCUUGGCAUCUAGAGAUCUCCACGUGGCCGAAAAGUGCCCAGGGGGUUUCUAGCACUGAGGUGGCGGUAGGAAGACAUUCCCACAAGAGGAGCGAAGGCAACGUUGGCUAAGAGCAGGGCCAGGGAUGUGGGGAAGAAAAGGCAGGGGAGUGCCUGUGAGGAGGGGGCUGGGGAAAACAAACAAUAUCCAUCCAAUAAUAUUCAUUGAAGACUGGUAAGGCAGAAAGCAGGGCUGCCAGACAGUAAGUGGAUCCACAACCAAUUACAGGCAGAGCCAAAUAAUUCUAGUCACGUCCCCAUUUGAUACCAUUUUAAACGGCCACAGCUUCCCCCAAAGGAUUCUGGGAGUGGACGUUUGUUAAGGGCUCUGGGAGCUGUUGGGAGAUCCCCUGUUUCCUCACAGAGCUGCAAUUCCCAGAAUUCACUGGGAAGGGGGGUUGAUUCCUGCAUUUGCAAGGGGUUGUGCUAGAUGACCCUUGGGGUUUCUUCAGCUCUACACUUCUAUGAAUUUUUAGCCCCUCUGGGAACUGUAGCUUUGUAACUCUUAACAUAGCAAGAGUUUUCCCCUCACAGACCAUCUUGUUCACUUUGCAGGGCUUGGCUUCCUCCCCACCACCACCACAUGCGUGGCCAAUCUUUGCUGUGAGACAGACUAUAGCAGAAACGACCUUCAGCCAUGUUGGAGCAGGAGCCGAAGUUGCGGGAGCAGGGAACAACGGGCCCUGAAGCAGGAAGGAGCACCAACACCGUCGGAUGUGGGUGCAGCGGGGACUUCUGGGACGGAAAUGUGCGGAAGGUCAUAAUCAAGGAGGAGACCCUCUGCUCAGAUGUGCCGUGCCAGCACUUCAGGGGGUUCUGCUACCAGGAGGCCGAGGGACCCCGGGAAGCCUGCAGCCAACUCCACCAUCUUUGUCGUGAGUGGCUGAAGCCAGAGAGACACACCAAGGCUCAGAUGCUGGACUUGGUGGUCCUGGAGCAGUUCCUGGCUGUCCUCCCCCCGGAGAUGGAGAACUGGGUGAGGAGAUGCAGAGCAGAGACCAGUUCCCAGGCGGUGGCCCUGGCCGAAGGUUUCCUCCUCAGCCACCAAGAGGAUGUGAAGCAGGAACGUCAGCAGGUGAGGUGUUCAUACCCAUGGGGUCCCAAUUCAGGUUUGACCGGCUCCAGACCACCAGCCUUGGAAUCUGGAACCAGGCCUUGGUCCAAUUCUGCAGCCCUUGUUCCUCUGGGAUAAACCAUAAUCUCCAGAUUCCCAGGUGUCAUUUUUCUUAAACAAAGUAAAUUCCUAGCGUUUUAAGAAACUGAGGCAAAAACAUAAACACAAUUCUUCCAUUUUUUGUUGAGAAAUUAGCCCGCUUCAUCCUUAACGGCGUUUUCCUUUGACUGCCCCACACUGGGGAAAAUCUGCCCCAGAAAACAUUUUGUGGACAUGUGUGUGUGUGUGUGAGAGAGAGAGAGAGAGAGAGAGAGAGAAACAGAAAGAGAGAAAUUGAAAUUGAAAUACUUUAUUGUCACUUGUACAACUUGUAUACAGUGAGAUUACACGAGCACCCCCCACUCAGCUCUCUUAGUCUUAAUUCCCCUUGUUUACUGAUGCACAUCCACCAAACCCGAAAGUCAGUUGCCCUGUUGUUAUCUUUUCAUUCAGCAGCCUAACAUGGAUAGAAGCUGUUCUUUACCCUGUUGGUGCGACUAAUCAUGCUUCUAUAUCUUCUGCCCGAGGGCAGGAGAUCAAGAAAGUGCUGGCCAGGGUGUGAAUCAUCCCUGAGAAUUUUCCUCACUCUCCUGAGGCAACAUUCUUCCGCUAUUUCAUCCAGUGGAUUCACGGGACAGCCCAUAAUAUCUUGUGCUGUAUUCACCACCCUCUGUAGGCACUUCCUAUCAGAUGAUGUCAAACCAGCGUACCACACCGCGAUGCAGUAUGAAAGGACACUUUCUAUUGUGGACUGGUAGAAGGAGAUCAUCAAAUUUUGAUUGACAUCGUUCUUCCACAAUACUCUGAGGAGAGCAGGAGAGAUGGAUUUGGGGUGGGAGGGAUGAAUAUGUGAAUCGUGAGAGGUUUGUGUGUGAGAGUCCAUGAGAAUGGUGUGGUCACCUUGUAAAAAGGUAAAAGGUAAAGGACCCCUGGACAGUUAAGGCCAGUCAAAGGUAAGUGGUCCAAACCACUGAGCCUCUUGGGCAGGCGUCAGCAAACUUUUUCAGCAGGGGGCCAGUCCACUGUCCCUCAGACCUUUUGGGGGGCCGGACUAUAUUUGGGGGGCGGGCAUGAACGAAUUCCUAUGCCCCACAAAUAACCUAGAGAUGCAUUUUAAAUAAAAGGGCACAUUCUACUCACGUAAAAACACCAAGCAGACCCCACAAAUAAGCCAGAGAGGCAUUUUAAAUAAAAGGGCACUUUCUACUCAUGUAAAAACUCGCUGAUUCCCAGACCGUCUGCGGGCUGGAUUGAGAAGGUGAUUGGACCAGAUCCGGCCCCCGGGCCUUAGUUUGCCUACCCAUGCUCUUGGGCUUGCCGAUCAGAAGCUCAGCAGUUCAAAUCACCGCCACGGAGUGAGCUCCCGUUGCUUUCCCAGCUCCUGCCAACCUAGUAGUUCGAAAGCACACCAGUACAAGUAGAUAAAUAGGUGCCACUGCGUCAGGAAGGUUAACGGUGUUUCUGUGCGCUUUGGCUUCCGUCAUGGUGUCCCGUUGCACCGGAAGCAGUUUAGUCCUGCUGUCCUCAUGACCCGGAAAGCUGUCUGUGGACCAACACCAUGACACUGGAAAAACUAACCACCGCUUUUUAAUGGAAUGGCCCUCAGAAGCGUUUUUUAAUCCACACUCACACAUCCCUAUUGUAACCCUACUUGGUCGUUGUAUUUCAGGGCCUGUUUGCAGAAGAAGCCACUGACUUCUCCGAGGUACAGAAUGCGGCCCCGGUAGACUCUCGGCAGAGGCUUCUGUCCAAGCUGAUUAAGCAGGAGGAAGACGAAGACGCCACUUUGCGGAGUAAGGGCUAACAGGAUAAAAUAUCAGCUUGGUCUCCCUCUCGCCAUGACGGCUCCAUGCUCUCGCUCCACAAUCUGAGGCAGUACAUUCCACUGAAUAACAGUGAAUAACAGGGAUCGCAAGCGGAGAGGAUGCUGUUGUGCUUAGUUUCUGCUUGCGGGGGCGCUUCCUGUAGGUAUCUGGUUAGCCACCUUGAGAACAGGAUUUUGCCCCAGACCAGACCAACACAUUUCACUAGACACAUGUUAGUAAUUUGUUGUUGUUGUUGUUGUUGUUGUUUUAAAUAGUUUUAUUUGAUUUUACAAGUUAAGAAAAUAAUAACAAUACAACCAUACAUAUCCACAUUUACAGGUUCCUCCGAAUCUCCGGACUUCCCACCUCCCCUCCAUUUGUCCUAUUAUCAAACCUUUUCUACUGCAUCUUUACCAAUAAUCUAUAUUUUAUAUAACUCCAUUGUCUCCCUAGUACUUGCUACAUUACAAGUGUUAUUACAAUCCUGCUAAUAUUUUCAUCUGCUUACAGUGGUCUCCAAGAUAACUUAUCAAUGUUCCCCAUUCUUUUUUAAAGUUUAGGUCUUCUUGGUUCCUGAGCUUUCCAGUCAGUUUUGCCAUUUUGGCCCAGUCCAACAGUUCAAUUUGCCAUUCUUCUUUGGUAGGGACUUAAUCUUCUUUCCACCUCUGGGCUAAUGGCAUCCGUGCGGCUGUCAUCGCAUAAAAGUCUUUUCUGCUCCCUUGGAAUAUCAGCACCUAUAAUUCCUAAUAAAAAAACUUCUGGGUUUUAAAAAAAUAAUAAUUUGAACAUUUGUUUCAUCUCAUUAUAUAUCAUUUCCCAGAAUGCUUUUAUUACAUUUACAACAGAUAUUUGAUAGUAAUUUCUUGAUCAUCCUUAUAUCUUUGUACCCCUCAUAGGAGAUGUGCCAAGUAUGCCAGUUAUAUGUUCUACCUCAUUUCUCCCUUCCGGUCCAAUGGAAGUGGUUUCUGGGCAACCGGAUCAGGUAAGAGGCGGGAUCUCUGGAGUGACAGCCCUGGGAUUCUCUGACUUCCUCUGCCUGCUGCCCAUCUCCCUCUUCCUGAAAGAAUCUCUUUCCCUUUCCAUCAGUCAGAGUUGCCCACUGCAAUGCCACUCCCUAAAGGCCCAAUUCCCCCAUUAUUCCCCUGGAGGAAUCAGCUGUUGGACCACGCUUAGCAGCGGGAGAACUGUCAAGGGACACAUACAAAGAGUUAAUGCUUUGCUUAUUGUUUUAUUUAUUAAAUUUAUAUAGCGCCCUGCAUCCAAAGAUCUUUGGGCGGUUCACAAGAGAAAACUUUCUUGUCUAUUUACAGUUGCCCUGUAUCUUUGUACUUUUGUCCUUCCAGGCUGCGACACCGUAUCGUUUAAAACUUUUGAUUAUUUCCCCCCUGUUCUUACAUUUGCCCUUUUGUUGUUGUUGUUAAUAAAAUAAAUGUUAUUACUAAUCAUUUGAAAAAAGAAACUGGAAAAACCUCGCACCAAACCCUAGUUCAUGCUAACCAUACUUUAGAAACCAAGCUGUCAUUCGAUACAGGCUAACCAUUGUCUAGAGCAGUGGUUCCCAACCUUUUUUUUGACCAUGCCCCACCUAAGCAUUUCUAAAAUCCUGAUCCGCGCCCCCCCCCCCCCGUGCCAUAUACAGUGGUGCCUCGCAAGACGAAAUUAAUCCGUUCCGCGAGUCUCUUCGUCUUGCGGUUUUUUCGUCUUGCGAAGCACGGCUAUUAGGGGCUUAGCGGCUUUAAGAAAAAGGAAACAAACUCGCAAGAAUUUGCUGACGUUUCGUCUUGCGAAGCAAGCCCAUAGGGAAAUUUGUCUUGCGGAACGACUCAAAAAACGCAAAACCCUUUCGUCUAGUGAGUUUUUCGUCUUGCGAGGCAUUCGUCUUGCGGGGCACCACUGUAAUUCUUAUUACAGUGGUACCUCAGGUUAAGAACUUAAUUUGUUCUGGGGGUCCAUUCUUAACCUGAAACUGUUCUUAACCUGAAGCACCACUUUAGCUAAUGGGGGCCCCUGCUGCCGCCGUGUGAUUUCUGUUCUCAUCCUGAAGCAAAAUUCUUAACCCGAGGUACUAUUUCUGGGUUAGCGGAGUCUGUAACCUGAAGCGUAUGUAACCCGAGGUACCACUGUAUUCAAAAGGUGAACUCCUAUUCAUGUGGAGGAAGGCUAAAAGCCCAUUAACUGUUAAUAACUCAUUCUCAAAUUGCCCCCCUUAAAAAUCAAAUCGCCCCCCCUUUGGGAGGUGUGCCCCACAUUGGGAACCACAGGUCUAGAGAGUUGCUGUUGCAUUAACUGUUAAGAGAAUAAGAACUGUUGCAUUCUCUCUCUCUCUCUCUCUCUCUCUCUCUUUCUCGCUUUGUUUUCCUUCCUUCCUUCCUUCCUUCCUUCCUUCCUUCCUUCCAGGUUUCCUUUGAGGAAGUGCCUGUACAUUUCACCGAAAAGGAGCGUGCCCUGCUGCACCCUGGCAAAAUCACUGUGGACCGCAAAGAAUCCAUGGCUGAGAAUUCUGGGGUUGUGGCCUCUCAGCCUAAGUGCCCAAAAAUCUCCAGCGGGAAGAGGACUUUAACCGACCACCACCAAGGAAAUCACGCGGGGAAGAAACCGUACACCUGCCUGGAGUGUGGGAAAAGCUUCACGCGCAAGAGGAGCCUCACUAUCCACCAGAGAAAUCACACGGGGGAAAAGCUGUACAACUGCUUGGAGUGCGGAAAGGGCUUCACACAGAAGGGGCACUUCAUUACACACCAGAGAUCUCACACGGGUGAGAAGCCCUUCCAAUGCUUGGAGUGCGGGAAAAGCUUCGCGCAGAAGGGGCACUUCACGGCCCAUCGAAGAUCCCACACGGGGGAAAAGCCGUACACGUGCCCCGAGUGUGGGAAGAGCUUCACGCAGACAACGCACCUCUCCACACACCUGAGAUCUCACACGGGGGUAAAACCGUACACUUGCUUGGAGUGCGGGAAAAGCUUCAGCGUCAAGGCGACGCUUCGAUCCCACCAGAGAUCUCACACAGGGGAGAAACCCUACAAAUGCCUGGCGUGCGGGAAAAGCUUCAGCAUGCUUGCGAACCUUAGGAGACAUGAGAGAAUCCACGCCGGGGUGAAGCCGUACAAAUGCUUUGAGUGCGGGAGGAGCUUCUGUAAGAAGGCCAGCCUAACUGACCAUCAAGUAAGUCACACAAAGGAAGAACAAGCGGUGUACAAAUUCUUUUAAAUAAAAUGAAACCUCCACGCCCAGAGGGGAGAUCUUUGUGCAGAAGAAAACCCUUGCCGUACGUCAGAUGAGUCACACAAGGGGGAAAGCCACAUAAAUGCCGGCUAUUUGGGGAAAGUAUAAAUAAUUACAGGAAGUGCAUCGCUCCUCAUCGAUGAAUCCGCACAGUGUAGAGUGUGGAAAAAGCUUUCCUUGGAAGACAAGCCUCAGUGCACAUCAGAGAAUCCACCUUAGAAAGUCAAGAGUGUAGAAUGACCUUCAGGUCUAAUAAGGCCCUUGAAUCAGUUUCCAAACGGCUGGUGGGGUGAAUGAACUGACAAUAUGGGGGAUACUAUUGGCGGGAGUUAGGAAUGUAAGAAGAGAUUACUGGAUCAAGCUAAUGGCCCCUCUAGUCUAGCAUCCCAUUCUCAUGGUCGCCAACUAGAUGCCUUGGGGAAACCAGCCAGCAGGAUUCGAACACAAGAGUACUCUCCCCUCCUGUGGUCUGUAGCAACUGGCAUUCAGAGGCAUUCCAGGCUCAGUUCAAAGUGUGGCCGUUGACCUUUUAAAAGGCCGAACAGCCUAGGAAACAGAGUAUUGCCUCCGUGCCCACAAAUGUUGUGACACUUUGGGCACGAGCAUGAAACAUGCGAGUCGAUUCCUGUCAGGGCGGGUGUCGGGACCGGGUCCACAAUAGCUCACUAGGUUUCAGUGAUGUUAAACCCUUUAGUCAAAGAAACAAAACAGUCCGGGCCUAGUGAGCCACAGCUGCUCUUCCUGGUAGAUCUUGACCCAAGAAGGCCAUUGCAAGGACUGAAGGUUUCUUCCAAGCAAUCGGAGACUGCGCCAGCGAGCAGCCCGCCUUUGCUCUUCCCAUUUCAUACCUCUUCUGGUUCCGGGAGUCAGGGGAGCCUGUCGCAGCAGGAGGGGGAGACUCCUUGGCUUCCUCACCAGCCGGACUCAUCUCUCCCUCUUCUCCAGCCUCCGCUUCUGCCUCUGAUUCUGGGCUUCUCUCGGCCACAGACUCUCCCCGCUCACUAAGCCCUGUUACCUCUUCAGCUUCUGGCACCUCCACUUCCCCGUCUUCUCCCUGUGAUCAUUUACUGUCGUCCCCCCACCAAUCCCCAGGCUCUGAGCCUUCUUCCCUUGGGGGUUCCUCUCUGGUUCCUCUCCCCAUUCCUCAGCGUCCAACCAGCCCAUGACAUUCCUCAACCGAGAGAACUUGUAGCUCUUUAUUGAAUUACUAAAUACUAACUAGUUUUUGCCUUAUUUCCCCUUUGAUAUGUGAAUAAUAAUUAGUGAAUCCUGAAAUAAACAUUCCUCUCUCUCCCCCUGAUCUUUUUUUAAAUAAUCUUUUUUAUUGAUCUUCAAAGAUAUAAACAUACAGCAUAAAACAGUACAAAAUCCAAAUAUGGAGAUUGCUCUGAAUCUCCUGACUUCCCCCGUCCCUUUCAUGGGUCCUUUUAAUUCUAUUUUCAGCUGCAUAUCAGUACUUCUCCAAUUUUUCACCUUCCUAAGUUAUCUCUACGUUCUGUUACGUUACGAGUGUAUUUAAAAUCCUGCCAUCGUUUGACCAGUUUAUAAUGAUUCUGCAUAUACUUUAUAAACAUUUCCCAUUCUUUUUUAAAUUUAUUGUCUUUUUGAUUCCUGAGCGUCCCAGUUAAUUUUGCCAUUUUGGCCUAGUCCAUCAACUUGAUUUGCCUUUCUUCUCUGGUCAGGGCUGUCUCUUCCUUCUCUCCCUCCGAUCUUUUCUUUCUGCUUUCUGUUCCGUAACUUUAUAUGCAAGGUGGUGGUUUUUUAAGUUUUUAUGAUGGUGUUUUAAUGGUGGGUCUUUGGGGUGGUUGUCGUUGUUAUUGUUGUUUGGUAAGUUGUAUCGCUGUAUGUUUGUAUAGUUCUUUUGAAUAUGCUUGUAAGCAACACUGGAAUUGGGAGCUGGGGGAUAAAUGUCCUGAAUAAACAGAACUUCCAUCCUUCGUUAAUUCUCCAAACUGACACUCCCCGCCCCUGUUGUAAACAAAAAAUUGCCCUUUUCCCUCAUGGGGUAUCCAAGAGCCCAUAUAGAGUCCUUACAUAGGUUCCCUAUUGGUAGGAGAGAAUAACAGAGGCCAACCAGACAAUAUUGAGAAGCAAAGCAGCUAGUAAGCUUGAUCUUUAUUGAUCUGUUGCAACAGGGUGCUCCCCUCACACGCAGGAGAAGGAGGAGGAACCCAGAAAAAUGGCGCACGAGGCCUUAUAAAGACUUUUGAAAUUGCCAC